AUGUCACCACGCUCGUUCUUCCUCUUAAAAUGUCUUUCUAUGGCUGGGGUUGCGUCGGCUGCGCUGGAUGUGGACCUAAAUGAUGCCCAGUCCAUCAGAGAUAAUGCAGCUCUGGUUGCUUACGACCUCUUGACCUUCUACAAAGGCAAUCAGUCUGGUCAAAUUCCCGGAAUCCUUCCUGGACCUCCUCCUGAUGGCGACUACUACUGGUGGCAAGGUGGUGCGAUGUGGGGGGCGCUGAUCGACUACUGGCAUUACACAGGCGACACCUCCUAUGUAAACACGACGACCGAGUCGCUGCUGUUCCAGACUGGGCCUCGCAAUAAUUACAUGCCACCAAACUGGACAGCGUCUCUGGGUAAUGAUGACCAGGCCUUUUGGGCUCUCAGUACGAUGGCGGCCGCCGAGGUGCGAUUCCCGGAUCCACCGGCCGAUGACCUCCGGCAGUGGCUGGCCCUCACGCAGGCCGUCUUCAACACGCAAGCUCACCCAGACCGGCACGAUGACACAUCUAUCGCUAAUGCCUGCUUCUUCAAUAUUGGAGCUCGCCUUGCUCGCUACACUUCCAACACAACCUACUACUCUUGGGCAUACGACACCUACGAUUGGCUUAAAAAGGUGCAAUAUAUUGACGCCGAGUACAAUGUUUACGACGGCGCCCACGUGUAUCACAACUGCACGGAUAUCAACAAGGCACAGUUUUCGUACAACGCGGGCAUGCUGCUCCAGGGCGCGGCCUUCAUGUACAACUGGACCUCCUCACAGACAGACAACACCACUCUGAGCCAGCAGGAAGCUGCGUAUUGGGAGGCAGAGAUUAAUGGGCUGAUGAACGGCACGCUGCGGGUCUUCUUCCCCGACGGCAUCGCGCACGAGCCGGCAUGUGAGGAUGUCGGGACCUGCACGAGCGACAUGUUGAGUUUCAAGGGCUACGUAGCACGGUGGAUGGCCGUGACGGCGCAGAUCGCCCCGUUCACGAGGAGUACGAUCAUGCCAGCGCUGCGGUCUAGCGCCGAGGCCGCCGUGCGGACGUGUACGGGCGGAGACAACGGCCGCAUGUGCGGCUUCAAGUGGCACCAGGACACCUGGGACGGCUCUACGGGCGCCGGCCAACAGAUGAAUGUCUUGGCCACUAUGACCGCCCUGUUGAUGACGGACAACGAGAUCACGGGCGAUGCCGCCGGUGGGUCCGGCGGGGCGCCGAUUACCAAUGCCACGGGUGGCACGAGCGCCGGCGACUCGGCGGCUGGGUACGGUGACGAGAGGCCGUGGGACGAUAUCUACGAGCCGAUCACGACUGGGGAUAAGGCAGGAGCUGCUAUCCUGACGAUCAUUAUGGUGGGCUUCCUCAGUGCUGGGUGUGCCUGGGUCAGUCUGGACGAGGGCUUCAGCAUCGGCAGGUGA